AUGAUCAAGUCUUUGGCUCUCAAUCUCCUCCUGACCCUCGGGUCCGUCGCCGCUUCUCAACCCCAAUCUGAGAACGGCCUCUCUGCCCGAGCUGACCCCUUCACCUGUGGCAACCUUGCUGUAAAGGUGAAAUGGAUCAACAAGUGCAUCUGCACUGAUAUCAUCCACGCCACCAUUGACAGCUCUGGCAAAUUCUGUACUUGCGACUCUGGCUACAAGCAGUCUGGUAACAAGUGCGUCAAGGACUGCGGUGAUGAUGCAGACUUCGGGUACAGCAGUACCGACAAGAAGUGGGCUUGUCAUUGCAAGAACAAAUGGCUCACCUACUCCAACAAAGCUUGUGCUUGCCCCGACAGUCAGACAGAUGAUGGUGUCAGUGCUUGUGUUGACAAGUGCCCUGGCGCUACAUACACUGUUGAUGGCAGUAGCUACAAGUGUGAGUGUUCUAAGGACUCUCAGAAAUGGGAUACCGGUUCUUUAUCUUGCGUUGAUAAGUGCCCCGCAUCUAUCACCGACUAUAACACCGACGGAAGCUGUACUUGCAAAGACCCCGACUUCAAGUAUAGCGGUGGCGACAACGGCGACUGCGACACCAAGAAGUGUCCUGUUGACGGAACCAAGUACGACGGCGAUGACAAGGGUCAGCCCAAGUGCCCAUGCACCGACUCCAAGAAGAAGCUCAAUGGCGCCGGCGAUGCUUGUGAACUCAAGUGCCCAGUCUCUGGCUCUGAUUACACUGGUCAGGACGAUGGCGAGGGUGCCCCUAUCUGCAAAUGCAACGACCCUUCCAUGAAGCUCGACGGUGGUGCUUGCGUUCCCAAGUGUGACAGUGACAGCACAUUCGUCAAGGACGGUGAUAACCCUGGCGAUGACCCUGUCUGCGACAAGAAGUGCCCCAACGGCGGCACAGAGUUUGUCAAGGAUGGCGAUAACUCCGGUGAUCCCCCAGUCUGCAAGUGUACCGAUGAGGCCUAUACAAUCAACGACCAGCUCAAGUGCGACAAGAAGUGCCCUGAAGAUGGUACUACAUUCGUCAAGGAUGGUGACAAUGCUAGCGAUCCUCCAGUCUGCAAAUGCGACGAUGAGUCCCUGAAGAUCAACGGCCAACUCAAGUGCGACAAGAAGUGCCCUACUGACGGAACCACAUUCGUUAAGGAUGGUGACAACGCUGGUGACGCUCCGGUCUGCAAAUGCGACGAUGACUCUCUUAUUAUCAAUGACCAGCUCACCUGCGAUCCUAAGUGCUCCAACCCCGAUACCGAGUUCGUCAAGGAUGGAGAUGCGGGUCAGCCUGCUGAGUGCAAGUGCAAGGACGACAAGAAGUACCUCGAUGGAAGCAACAGCUGCAAGAACAAGUGCCCUGAUGGUGCUACCUACGAUGACUCCGGCUCCGACUGGACCUGCAACUGCCCCAACGUCGGCGAGCACUACACCAAGGCUACUGCAGACGCUGGCCCCAAGUGUGCUUGCGACGAUGACAAGCAAGUUGUUCCCGGCGAUAACAAGUGCACUUCCAAGUGUCCCGCCGGCGCUACCUACACUCCUGAUAACUCCGAAAAGGGCUACACCUGCGGCUGUGACGCUGCUAUCGCUGGUUCCAAUUAUGACUCCGACAACAACAAGUGCACCUGCCCUACUACCAACUCGGACGGCUUCACUAUCAAGCUCAACGAUAACAAGGAUAAGUGCAUCAUCGAUUGCGGCACUGAAGCUUCCCUCAGCAGCGACGAGAAGUCCUGUGUCUGUACCCUUGCCGAAGGCACCAAGUUCGACAAGUCCGCCCUCAAGUGUCCCUGCGACGCCCCCGACUACAAGGCCUUCAAGGGCAAGUGUAUUCCCGACUGCGGCAGCGCUGCUUACUGGAACCACAAGACUGUCAGCAUGGAUGCCUGUGUCUGCAAGAAGCGAGGCCAGACUUUCACCAAGGACGGCAAGACCUGUGCCUGCGAUGGUUCUCUUGUUUGGUCCGAUGGAAGCUGCCACAAGGACUGUGGCAAGGACGCUCACUGGGACUCUCGCCGCAACGACUGCGUCUGCGAGAAGCGCGGUCAGCUGUUCAAUGGCAACGGCGCGACCUGCUCGUGUCCUACCGCCAAGCCUAUCUGGGACGGCAGUCGCUGCGUCCCAGACUGUGGAGACUACGCUUCAUACAACUACCGCGCAGGAGUUUGUGUGUGCGAUAAGAAGGGCAAGGUCUUCACUGCCUCGAACAAGUCUUGCGAUUGCCCUGCUCCUCAGGUCUGGCUCCUUGGAAAGUGCCAGGUUGAUUGUGGAAGCGAUGCGGGCUGGGACAAGCGCACUCAGAAGUGUGUCUGCUACAAGAGUGGACAGCUGUAUGAUAAUGGAUCAUGUGCUUGUCCUGCUGAUAAGCCUGCUUGGAGCUCCAAGUACAAGUGCUACAAGCCUAAGGCCUAA